CUGAUUUUGCAGGAGAAAGACUAUCAACUGACCCUAAAACGAGAGAAUGUUUAAAUUUCAUCAAGUGAAACAUAUUUUUGAAAUUCUGGAUAAAAUGAGAUGCCUGAGAAAACGUUCUACAGUGUCAUUCUUGGGAGUUCUUGUAAUUUUUCUUCUAUUUAUGAAUUUGUACAUUGAAGAUAGCUAUGUUCUGGAGGGAGACAAACAGCUUAUAAGGGAAACAUCCACACAUCAACUGAGUUCAGAACGCUCUGUGCAUACUUUCAAAGAUUUAUCUAAUUUCUCAGGGGCCAUCAAUGUCACCUAUCGCUACUUAGCUUCCACUCCUUUGCAAAGAAAGCGGUUUCUUACAAUUGGACUUUCAUCAGUGAAACGAAAAAAGGGAAACUAUUUACUUGAGACAAUCAAGUCAAUUUUUGAGCAGUCCAGCUACGAAGAGCUGAAGGAAAUCUCAGUGGUGGUUCAUCUGGCAGACUUUAACUCAUCCUGGCGUGAGGCCAUGGUCCAGGAUAUUACACAAAAAUUUGCCCACCAUAUUAUUGCAGGAAGAUUAGUAGUGAUACAUGCUCCAGAGGAAUAUUACCCGAUCCUGGAUGGUCUUAAAAGAAAUUACAACGAUCCGGAAGAUAGAGUCAGAUUUCGUUCCAAGCAAAAUGUAGAUUAUGCUUUUCUGCUUAAUUUUUGUGCCAAUACGUCAGACUAUUAUGUGAUGCUUGAAGAUGACGUUCGAUGUUCAAAAAAUUUCUUAACUGCCAUCAAGAAAGUCAUUACAUCCCUAGAAGGAACCUACUGGGUAACUCUUGAGUUUUCUAAGCUUGGUUACAUUGGAAAACUUUAUCAUUCACAUGAUCUCCCACGUUUGGCACAUUUUUUAUUAAUGUUUUAUCAAGAAAUGCCUUGUGACUGGCUAUUGACUCAUUUUCGGGGUCUGCUGGCUCAGAAAAAUGUGAUCCGUUUUAAACCAUCUCUCUUUCAGCACAUGGGUUAUUAUUCAUCCUAUAAAGGGACUGAGAAUAAGCUGAAGGAUGAUGAUUUUGAAGAAGAGUCAUUUGACAUCCCUGAUAACCCUCCUGCAAGUCUAUAUACCAAUAUGAAUGUUUUUGAAAAUUAUGAUGCCAGCAAGGCUUAUAGUAGUGUUGAUGAAUACUUUUGGGGGAAACCACCUUCAACAGGAGACACCUUUGUGAUUGUUUUUGAAAAUCCAAUUGUAAUUAAAAAAAUUAAAGUGAGUACUGGAACAGAAGACCGGCAAAAUGACAUUUUACAUCAUGGAGCCCUAGAUGUUGGGGAACAUGUUAUACUUUUCAAACAAAGUAGACAAUGUGAUACUUACAUAAGACUAGGGGAAUUCAAAAACGGAAACUUUGAAAUGUCAGAUGUGAAUCAAAAAAUUCCAUUUGAUAUAAAGUGUAUAAGGAUAUACAUUACCAAAACACAAAAAGAGUGGCUGAUUAUUAGGAGUAUUAGCAUUUGGACUUCUUAGUCAAUUAAAUCAACAUGUCCAGUAUCUGAAACAGGUCUUCCUGUUUCCUUUUUUUGUUACUUUCCUCUUUUGCUACCUCUGUCCUGUGGAGGUACAGCAACGAAUGGGAUAGUUUAAAAGAAAGGUCAAUCACCUUGGCAGUUUUGAUUUAUAUAUCAUCAUCAUAAUUUUACUUAAAUAUUCACUUGUAUUUAUUUAAACUUCUGAAGUUGAAUAUAUAAGUUCACCGUUAAUGCUUUCAUUUAUAUUUUUAAUGUUAUCAUGUUAAUUUCAAAAUUUCAACUGAAUGUCAGAAAAGGUGGCAUGAAGGAUGUAAAAAGACAAAAUGUGAUUUAUUGGAUGGUAAGUCUUGAAAAAUAGUUGCCAACUGUGUACAUUUCCUCAAAAUUUAUAAUUUAUUAUAUUAUCUGAGAGUUUUUAUUAAGAAUCUCUGUGAAUAUGCAGUUGGUUAGAAUGAUAAUCUGCCCUUUUUUUCUUGUAAAUUUGUUUCCAUAGACUCUUGUGCAUCGAUAAUGAAAACGUCCUCAUAAAAAUGAUGUCUUUACAACAGAAUUUUGUGUGUAGAUGGGGCAAUAGAAAGAAAAAAAAACUACAAAAUCUCUCUCCUGAUUAUUUAUACAAAAGCGAACAUUGGUCAUUGUAUAAAAACACUUAAUCGGGCACCUAUUAUUAAUAAAUUUUCUGUGGGAAGCAGUCUUUUUCUAGUUUCCCUUUUGCAAAAAAUAAAUAGUUAUGUCCAAUAUUUUCAGGUUACGUUGGGUUCCUGCACUUAAUAGAAGAAAUUUGAGAAGGCCUAGAGUUAGUUCAUUCCUAUAAACAUUUUCAGUAUAUACAGAAAAUUUUUAAAACUGAUUUUAUAUGUUUUAUAUUAAAAGUUGUAUGAUUGGAAUCAUAUACUUUUGGGGUGUUUAAAUUAACACCUUAUAAAGAAGAAAAGUAAGAAACAUAGAAAUCAGUUGCCUUUUCUACACUCAGAGUUCAUAGCAAAGCCAGAGUGAGAGAUCAGAUGUUCCGACAUCCAGACAAUGUCCUUUCCCUCGUGUGGAGAUUGCUCCUCACACAAUGUAUGCUUUCUGUUCUCUGAAAUAUAUGUUAUGCUAUCUGGAAAAGUUGGUACUAUUUUUCCAUAAGUCCUAUUACUGUUCUGUGGAGUAAUCCUAAAGUGUCCUAAAUGAUACCAUGUACCCAAAUGGCAAGCAAACGACUUAAUUUUGUUAUAAGGAUAAUUGUGACUACACCAUUUGUCCAUUAAAGCAAUUCAGGACACCUUA